UAACCACCUCUCACCAUCACCACCUCCCCAACCUCUCUCUUGCUCCUCCUCGUUGUCCUCUAAUGGAGAAGAGUAGAUCGUUUCCGAAGUACUCAUCGUCCUAUUCCGGCAGGUUCGGCUACGAAGAACGCGCCAAAUCCUACAGCUUCAACGGCCCAAACGGCAAGCAUGAAGGUUUUGCCAGCUCCGGCGACCCAGAGCUCAAGAGGAAGCGCCGGAUCGCAUCGUAUAACAUGUUCGCCAUGGAAGGCAAGCUGAAGUCCUCCUUCCGCACCGGCUUCAAGUGGAUCAAGACCAAGUUCUCCGAUGCUCGCUACGGCGGCGUCUGAUGCCUUGCUUGUGUUUGUGAAAAUUACUCAAAGGGAUUGGAUUCACAAGGUUGGUUUUUGUUUGGUUUGGUUGCGCGCAAAGUGUUUGUGAAAAUUACUCAGAGAGUUUCACAGGGUUUGGUUGUUGUUUGGUUUGUUUGCUCUCAAAGUGUUUGUGAAAAUUACUGAGAGUUUUUUAGAGGUUGACUCUGGUUCUGAAGGUGUUUGUGAUUAUUACUGAAAGGGUUUUCACUGUGAAAAUGUAAAUAGUGUUGUGAA